AUGCCUAUCACCGACACGACAGUCCUCUUCGUCCUUGGCGGCCCCGGCGCCGGCAAGGGCACCCAGUGCUCCAAGCUGGUCUCGACGUACGGCUUCACGCACCUGUCGGCGGGUGACCUGCUGCGGGAGGAGCAGGACCGGGAGGGGUCCGAGUACGGGCAGCUGAUCAAGGACUACAUCAAGGACGGCAAGAUCGUGCCGAUGGAGGUGACGAUCGCGCUGCUGGAGAACGCGAUGAAGGACAAGAUCGCGGGGCAGCCCACGAGCGCCAAGGGCCGCCGGUUCCUGAUCGACGGCUUCCCGCGCAAGCUGGACCAGGCCCUCAAGUUCGAGGAGUCGGUCUGCGCGGCCGAGUUCGUGCUCUUCUACGACUGCCCGGAGGCCGUCAUGGAGUCGCGCCUGCUCGAGCGCGGCAAGACCAGCGGCCGCGCCGACGACAACGAGGAGAGCAUCCGCAAGCGCUUCCGCACCUUUGUCGAGACCAGCAUGCCCGUUGUCGAGUACUACGAGAAGCAGGGCCGCGUCGUCAAGAUCGACGCCACGCCCACCCCCGAGGAGGUCGCCGAGCACACCAAGGCAGCCAUCAGGGAGAGGCUGGGCGCGGACUUCUGA